GGGGGGAGACUGCGGGCGCUUUUACGGGAAGACCUCCUCGCGUUUACACAGUGUUUUGUUGUCUGUUUAUCGGGGCGGGUAGACUCCUGUUUGCUCUCUCUGUUGAACAUUUGAGAGUUUUGCGAAUCGCCCUUUUCCCGGUUUCCCGCCCCUUUCUCUUCUUCCUUUCAAAAUGAGCAAGCUCAGCACAGACGGCCUCAAGAAGGCCAUCGGAGAGAUCCUCGAGGGCUCCCGGGAGAAGAAGAGAAAGUUCGUGGAAACUGUGGAGCUUCAGAUCGGUCUGAAGGAUUACGACACCCAAAGAGACAAGCGUUUCAGCGGAAGCGUGAGGCUUCCCAACGUCCCUCGCCCCCGCAUGCGCGUGUGCGUGAUGGGAGACGCUGUGCACUGCGAGCAAGCGAAGGAAUUGGGUCUUGAGUUCAUGGACGUGGAGGCGAUGAAGAAGUUGAACAAGAACAAGAAGCUCGUGAAGAAACUCGCACGCAAGUACGACGCGUUCCUGGCCUCCCAGGUGCUGAUUCCUCAGAUCCCCCGUCUUCUGGGUCCGGGUCUUAACAAGGCGGGAAAAUUCCCGACGCUGAUCACUCACAACGACAAGCUCGAGGACAAGAUCCAGGAAAUCAAAAGCUCGAUCAAGUUCCAGCUCAAGAAGGUGCUGUGCAUGGGUGUCGCUGUUGGCAACGUCGAGAUGACGGAGGAGCAGCUCCGUGUGAACCUGACCCUUGCCAUCAACUUCCUCGUCUCUCUCCUGAAGAAGAACUGGAACAAUGUGAAAACCCUUCACAUCAAGAGCACCAUGGGCAAGCCUCAACAGAUCUACGGUUAAGCCAGUGGCCUUCCACGCUCUCUUGUUCUAGAAUGUAUGGCUCUUCUGUGCGGUUCAAAACAUGUGAGCAAAAGGAAUCCGGGAAAACGCGGGGCGGAAGCUGGGCAGACGAGGAUGCCUCCACGAAUCUUCGCUGGAUGGGACGGCCGCGAGAUGUAGACGAUUGUCGCAUUUCUGUGUGAGGAUACUCCAACUGUCUUUGAUAGCGGGGUGAACGAGAUUCGCGAGGGUGUGGAGGGGGGGGGUAUGACGCUGCAGACGCGUGCUGCCUCUGGUCUCUGUGUCUGUGUUGCGGACUCCUUUUGGAACAGCGAAAUCUGUCUCCUCUUCCCGUCGUGCUUCCACUGCUUCUCUUCGUCGUUCCGACGGGAAAUUCGUGCAGCCAAGCGUGCGAAACCGAAGGAAAGAGUAGUGUUCGAUCUCAGUAGCUGAACUUGCACGAUCACGAGGGUGUAGUUGGCAUCUG